GUUUUUGCAAAGAUGGCGGUGGUUGAGUGAAUGGACGAAACAGCCCUUUUAGUUCGAAAAUUGGAUUUAUUCCUUUUCUUUUCCAACAUAAUCUGAUUUAAAUAGUUUAUAAAAUUUCUUAACAAAUAUAUUCCUAUUAAACAAAGAACUAGAAUGGUAAUAUGACACAGAGUAAAAAGAAGAAACGGGCGAAUCGCAGUCUUCUGCUGGCGAAAAAAAUUAUUAUCAAGGAUGGAGGAACGGUGAGUUUACACCAAAAUGACAGUAUUUGGCAUCGUAUUUCUUGAGAUUAGUUUUCAGCAUGUGGUAUGUCUGUCUACAAUGUGUGACAUUUAACGCGCUAGCUCGUUCUGCUUGCUAGCGCCCUGGGGAAGUUCCGAUGCCUCUUCCUAGUCCUCUCAAAAACAACAUUGCUAGCUAUGUUAGCUAGCUAACGUAUCUGCUGGUGCUAACAUUAGCUACCUAACUGGAUACCAGAUGUGUGGCGCUAACUAAAAUAUCAGUCUCUUUGACAGUAACUUAGUAUUCGCAAGCUAGCUGACUAGUAAGGUAACGUUAAACAUUAUUGUUAAAAAGGUGGCUCUAGUACAGGCAAGCUUGCUAGCUGUUUGUUUAGUUCUGUGUAACGUUAGCUAGCCUCUAGUAAAGGUAUAACCACAGAUAGAACAAUGAGACAGAUAUUUCACGGGAUGUUUUAAAUGUGAAGCAUCCGCUUGGCGUUUCCACUUACUACCAAAUAUGGUAGUGAGAGGAAGCCCACUGGCGGGCAAUACAGUUUUCUGUUCCCAAAACUAGAAUCUAUUAUGCACAGAGUGGACUAAGGUUUGUAGACUUUACCCUUUGCAAAAACAUUUAAAAAUCCUGUUGUUUAGAAGGAGUGCAAAGGCGAAUUUAGUUAUUGCAAACGUGCACUUCACAGUAGGCGUUCCCUAACGGAAAUAUGUAGAUGAUGCUAGAACGCGCCAAUAGGAUCCCGCUAGCUCGUGCUUGGCUCUGCCCGCCUCCUUGCUUGUUCUGCCCACUAUGGCUCAUUUGUUCCCAUUGGAAACGACAGCAAUAUGGUAGCUACAUUACAUGAACAAAAGUAUGUGGACACCUGCUCGUCGAACAUCUCAUUCCAAAAUCAUGGGCAUUAAUAUGGAGUUGGUCCCACCUUUGCUGCUAUAACAGCCUUCACUCUUCUGGGAAGGCUUUCCACUAGAUGUUGGAACAUUGCUGCAGGGACUUGCUUCCAUUCAGCCACAAGAGCAUUAGUGAGGUCGGGCACUGAUGUUGGGCGAUUAGGCCUAGCUCACAGUCGACGUUCCAAUUAAUCCGAAAGGUGUUUGAUGGGGUUGAGGUCAGAGCUCUGUGCAGGCCAGUCAAGUUCUUCCACUGAUCCCGACAAACCAUUUCUGUAUGGACCUCGCUUUGUGCACAGUGGCAUUGUCAUGCUGAAACAGGAAAGUGCCUUCCCCAAACUGUUGCCACAAAGUUGGAAGCACAGAAUCGUCUAGAAUGUUAUUGUAUGCUGUAGUGUUAAGAUUUCCCUUCACUGGAACUAAGGGGUCUAGCUCGAACCAUGAAGAACAGCCCCAGACCAUUAUUCCUCCACUAAACUUUACAGUUGCCACUAUGCAUUCUGGCAGGUAGCGUUCUUCUGGCAUCUGCCAAACCCAGAUUAGUCUGUCGGACUACCAGAUGGUGAAGCAUGAUUCCUCACUCCAAAGUACGCGUUUCCACUGCUCCAGAGUCCAAUGGCGGCAAGCUUUACACCACUCCAGCCAACACGUGGCAUUGCGCAUGGUGAUCUUAGGCUUGUGUGCGGCUACUCGACCAUGGAAACCCAUUUCAUGAAGCUCCCGACGAAAAGUUGUUGUGCUGACGUUGCUUCCAGGGGCAGUUUGGAACUCGGUAGUGAGUGUUGCAGCUGAGGACAGACUAUUUGUACGCGCUUCUGCACUCGGCGGUCCCGUUCUUUGAGCUUGUGUGGCCUACCACUUCGUGGCUAAGCCGUUGUUACUAAUAGAUGUUUCCACUUCAUAAUAACAGCACUUACAGUUGACAGGGGCAGCUCUAGCAGGGCAGAAAUUUGACGAACUGACUUGUUGGAAAGGUGGCAUCUUAUGACAGUGCCAGGUUGAAAGUCACUGAGCUCUUAAGUAUGGGCCAUUCUACUACCAGUGUUUGAGCACACAGCAAUGCAAUCUCCAUAGAAAUUGUUAUACACCUGUCAGCAACGGGUGUGGCUGAAAUAGUAGAAUCCACUAAUUUGAAGGGGUAUCCACAUACCUUUUGGCCAUGUAGUGUAUAAUCAUACACAGGGGACCAUAUUCCUGCAAACAGAAGUCAAUAAAAGUCAAAUUUGGCAAGACUGCCACUGCUGGCUCUUCCAAUGUGGGAAAUGUAACUUUAGAAGAGUCAGUGGUGGCAGAUAUGAAUUCUGUUGUUGAUGACUGUAAGCAGGAAGUUGCCACACUGUGUAUGAUGAUGUCCUAUUGCUGAGUUUACCUUUUUUAAUAUAUCUUAUUUGAAAGUAAGACAGUUGAGUAUUGCUUGUUGACAUACUUACAUAGCGGUUCCACUCUGUUCACCAGGCACAAGGUUUUGGAGCUCCCAGCGUGUACCAUGCUGUAAUUGUCAUCUUUUUGGAAUUUUUUGCCUGGGGCCUGCUUACAGCACCCACUUUGGUGGUAGGUUGUCGUCUUUAUUACCUAUUAUUUCAUACAGUAUGAUUUGUUGGCUGCUGAUUAAACUAUGUUUAAGCAAAAAGGCCAGAGGGGGUGUGGUAUAUAGCCAAUAUACCACGGCUAAGGGCUGUUCGUAUGUACGACGCAACGCGGAGUGCCUUGACACAGCCCUUAGCCGUGGUAUAUUGGCCAUAUAUCACAAACCCCAGAGGUGCCUUAUUGCUAUUAUAAACUAGUUACCAACGUAAUUAGAGCAGUAAAAAUAAAUGUUUUGUCAUAUCCGUGGUAUACAUUUACAUUUACGUCAUUUAGCAGACGCUCUUAUCCAGAGCGACUUACAAAUUGGUGCAUUCACCUUAUGAUAGCCAGUGGGACAACCACUUUACAAUUUAUUUUUAUACGGUCUUAUAAACUGGGUGGUUCGAGCCCUGAAUACUGAUUGGCUGAAAGCUGUUGUAUAUGAGACCGUAUACCACGGGUAUGACAAAACAUUUAUUUUUACCCUUCUAAUUACAUUUGUAACCAGUUUAUAAUAGCAAUAAGGCUCCUCAGGGGUUUGUUAUAUGGCCGAUAUACCAUGGCUAAGGGUUGUAUCCAGGCACUCCACAUUGCGUCAUGCAUAAGAACAGCCCUUAGCCGUGGUAUAUUGGCCAUAUACCACAACUCCUUGGGCCUUAUUGCUUAAAUAUACCAUGGCUGUCAGCCAAUCAGCAUUCAGGCCUCGAACCACCAAGUUUAUAAUCACAAUUAAGUCUCCACUAUCUGUCCUUAUCCCCUUGUUAUCCAGGUCCUACAUGAGACGUUCCCGAAGCAUACGUUUCUAAUGAAUGGCUUGAUCCAGGGGGUAAAGGUAAAGUGUUUGAACAGGUGUUACUAGUUACACUUCAAUUCUGUUUCCAUUCAUUGGAUGUGUCGUCUUAUUGUGUUUCAGGGCCUGCUGUCUUUCCUGAGUGCUCCGCUGAUUGGUGCCCUGUCUGAUGUGUGGGGUCGGAAGUCUUUUCUCCUGCUUACCGUUUUCUUCACCUGCGCUCCCAUUCCACUGAUGAAGAUAAGCCCCUGGUACGAUGGCACCCAACCAGAGAGUCCAUAGUUACUGAGGUCACCAUUCAAAUGAAUCAUAGUUCUAUGGAAUCUAUCGUGGUUAAACGAAUUAGGAAGAUCUGAACUUCAUACUGUUCUACUCUACACUAUUCUAUAUUUUAUACAAGAUGCAUUAGCUAAUAUAAUGUGCCCUUGUGACGUGUUGAGAUGGAACUGAGAGUCAAGUCAAAUAAUAACUGAGUGCCAUGUCCUGCCUCUGUUUCAGGUGGUAUUUUGCAGUUAUCUCAGUGUCCGGUGUGUUUGCUGUAACCUUCUCCGUGGUCUUUGCCUAUGUGGCUGACAUCACACAGGAGCAUGAGCGCAGCAUGGCCUAUGGACUGGUGUGUAUCAGACAUUACCUACACUAUUUUAUUUUAAUCUUCAACUUUCAAGUUUACCAUGUCACCUUUUUGAUUCAGUGAUUUGUGGUCCAUUUGUGGCUAAAAUAGUUAUAUCCUUUAGAACCUAUUUGCAAUUUGGUCCCACUUGACAAAGCAGAAAUGUUGCACACACUCAAAAAAGUGAAACUACUAUUUUAUUUAAAGACUGGUAGUUGAAAAGUUAGUCAGUAAACCUCCUCUACUCUUGUCCGUUAGGUGUCGGCCACCUUUGCUGCUAGCCUGGUGACAAGCCCUGCCAUCGGAGCCUACCUGGGCCGUGUGUAUGGUGACGGCCUGGUGGUGGUGCUGGCCUCGGCCAUCGCUAUGCUGGACAUCUGCUUCAUCCUGGUGGCUGUGCCCGAGUCUCUGCCUGAGAAGAUGAGGCCAGCAUCCUGGGGGGCUCCCAUCUCCUGGGAACAGGCCGACCCCUUUGCUGUGAGUACAUGGUCCACUUCUAACGGCUCAGUCAGUUUGUGUACCCCAUUAAUCACCCAAUUUGUAUGUUUAUGUACCCCAUUAGUGUGCUUUUAGAGGGGAGGGGGGGUCCGUUUCCAAAAGCUUGAAGGGACAAUGGUAUCAACGUAAUUGGUGGCAGCGGUGGAGGUAGGUAUUGUUCCUGGUAAAAAAGCGGGCUCAGCAAUAGAAUGUGUUGAGAAUGGCUGUGCUGCAAGACCUCGUCCUCUUGACUGACAGCCAUGGUUUCCCUUAGGGAAGCAUUAUAGCAUCUGUUUGUGUGUUGACACUUUCAACUAGCUACUCAUGUUACAAGUGGUCCUCUUCAGUCUUACCAUUUGCCUCCACAAUAGCUCCAUCACUUACUAUUUUCACUAGAUUUCAUAAAAGAACAAGACCAACUGAGAUGUCGAAUGCAUUUGGGAAGAGAAACUGAUAAAUUGUAAUGUGGUUAGUUGCAAGAGGUUACACCCUUACAACUAACCACAUUACAAUUGGUCAGGUUCUCUUCACAAAUGCAUACGACAUCUCAGUUGGUCUUGUUCAUGUAUUUGGACUGAAUUGUUGGGUACAGGCCAUUUUAGUGUACCUCAGCUUUUAGUUCUGAACAAUGUCUUUCUAAUUGGGCAUAGAAACCAACAGUGCCCAAAACAGGUUAACAGUGCAGUGCAGUGUGCACACAAACACAAUUUUUGAAAAACACAAUGGGAUUUACCCAGCAUAAGGAACAAACAUUCAGGAAGCGUUUAGACCAGGGUGUGGUCUACGUCAGGCAAACCUGAACACUCCUAAAGUGGGUUGUUUGACGGUCAUAACUUACUAUAUACGAAGAGAGGCGGCUGAAAAGCACAUUUCAUAAUACUCCAAAUCCCCUAGGGGCUGCACCACUAAAUGUUUGAAGAUAAAUUACACAAUGUACAGCAGCUACGCAUGGCACAACUAAACAGGUCUUCCUCUGGCAAUGUUGAGCGGGAAGGCUGUGUUGAUAAAAUUAAUCAACAUCACACAGGGCUCGACAUUAAUGCUUGUCUGGAAUAAGAAAAGAAAAUAGUCGGACAAGAAGAAUAUAGAUUUGAGUUGACCAAAUGGACAAGUAAAACAAAUCUAAAAUCAUAUUAAACAAUUACUCUGAUCAGAAUUGGGGGGGGGGGGGGGGUACAUUUUGCUGAGACAUUUUGCAGUUUAAAAACUAAUUUCCUGCAAUUCUACACACUGUCAUGGGGCUGAGAGAGGAAAAAAUGCUAUUUUUAAAGCUAAUUUCCUGAAAUUCUACACAUUAUGCCAUGGCUUAUGCCGUGUUCGUAUGCUGAGUGACUCAAACAUAACAAAAUCAAUGCCAUAGCAUUUUUGGAAUUUUAUAUUCUUCCUGACCGUCAAUUUUUUAUUAUUUCGGUGGUUGUUAGUUCUCAAAGAUCUUAUUUAAAAAUAUAUAGUGCCUUUAUCUUUUUCUACAUACAUUAUAUCUGGUUUUAGUCAUUUAAGUUUACACUGAAAACGUUUUACCAUCUCGAAAAUGAUUUAAUAUAUAUAUAUAUAUAUAUAUAGAGAGAGAGAGAUUUUAUGGAGCGGUCCGCUGCUUCUAAGUGAAUAUAGGGGCAACACUGAGACCCACUUGUAGCCGUGUGUGCACAUUUGUUGGUAUUUCUUGCUAAUUAGUGAGUUAUUUGCACAGUUAUAGCACAUAAUUGGUCAGCAAACAGGCUUCGUACGGUCAUGAAAUUCUUAGAAAAGUAUUGGUGUGUGCAUCAGCUGCAUGUGUGCCAGAGGAGAGAGUUAGACAUUACAGCAGGUAGGCCUAGCCCAUAAAAAAUGACAGCCUAACUAGAUAGCCAAUUCAACACACAUCGUGUAGCCUGGCUAGUUAUUUCGGUAGUUAACUAUUUAGUACAGCGGGAAAAUGAAAUGCCAACAGUUACUGUAGUUCAUUUUUAUUUAUUUAAGAAAAUACAGGGGCCUCCCGAGUGGCGCAGCGGUCUAAGGCACUGCAUCGCAGUGCUAGAGGCGUCACUACAGACCUGGGUUCGAUCCUGGGCUGUAUCACAACCGGCCCUGAUCGGGAGUCCCAUAGGGCGGCGCACAAUUGGCCCAGCGUCGUCCAGGUAGGGGAGGGUUUGGCCGGGGGGGCUUUACUUGCCUCAUCGUGCUCUAGCGACUCCUUGUGGUGGGCCGGGUGCCUGCAGGCUGACCUCAGUCAUCAGUUGAACUGUGUUUCCUCCGACACGUUGGUGCGGCUGGCUUCCGGGUUAAGCGGGUGGGUGUUAAGAAGCGCGGUUAGGCGGGUCAUGUGUUGGAGGACGCAUGACUCAACCUUCACCUCCCGAGCCCGUUGGGGAGUUGCAGCGAUGAGACAAGAUCCACAUUUUUUUAAAAUAAACAUAAAUAAAUCAAUAAAUGCAAAGUGUUGGUAUUCCUGAUUCCAUAUAUGAUCAUGAUUCAUAUAAUGCCUGAUGAGAGCACCAUCAGGAAUAACAACACGUUUCUUAAAUUAAAACGACACUAAAAUAAAGUGCAAUAUGCGUGUGAAAUCAAUAUGUAAACAUGGUUCAGACAUUGGAUAGGCAUAUACUAUAAGGUUUUCUUACUAAGCAAGAAAUAUGCACAAUUGUGACUCUCAUAAAGGGGGCAUGUCUGUAUCACAGUACUUCUCAUCUCCCACUCUGAGGCAAUGCGAUGGGCCAUCACUAAAGCCUUGUUCACACUGCAGGCCUUAAUACUCAAAUCAGUUUUGUUUUUCAAAUCAGUUUUGGACUACUGACUGUCAAAACAGCAAGUUACAAGUGACCAAAUCAGAUUUGUGUGUGUUCAGACAGCAGUUAUUUGCUGACAAGGCUAUGCUAGUUGUCAUAGUAACGACAGGUGUGUGUGCGGUGGUGUAGGCUGAUUGGUGGUGCUUCCUGUCACUCAGAAGUUAUAAAUAAUAUCAAGCUAAGGUGACAACCAUUCCUGCCAUGGAUGUUUCCCAGUUGCUUUGAAUGUUCAAAAUCAUAGUGUAAGAACACAUUUAAAGCCUCAAAGGAUAAGAUGAUCCAACUUUCAAAAUGAGUCCUUUUUGGCUAGCCACAGCAGUCCACUAGCUAGCUGUUUCGCGUUCUAGCACAUUCACUAAUUUGUUUGUAAACAAUUAACUGUGGCUUGAAAUAUCAGAUUCCAUGUGCUUUUUGUCUAUUCAGACUGCAGGAAAAAGAACAGAUUAGAAUCAGAUAUGCAAAUAAAUAGGAUUUGAGUCACUUCAAACUUCCAAUGUGAACAUGGCUUAAGUAGCUCUUUGUAGCCCUGGAGUUCCAUCCCUUUGUAGUAAGCACAACAGGUUGGCCAAGUCAUUGACGACUUCAGAUGUAGCUUGCUUAGAGCGGGUACUAGCUGUUUGCUGAAAUGGGUGUGAGAGGGCGAAGUUCGUAACUUUGCUCGAGCACUUUCUCAAGGUGUUGAAAUCCCCAUUUCUCAACCACUGAGAAUGGGAGCAUAUCCGCGGCUAUAGGCUAAACAUACCUAUCGCUAUUGUAAUUUAUUUGGCCUUGUCAGAAUCAGCUGCGAAGGGCUGCUUGAAUGCAGAGGGGAGAUUAUUUUUUAUUUUAUUUUUUGCAUUUCCGUCUUGCUCCGGUGGUAAGAAUACUUGGGCGUAAAUGUGUCAGUAUGUUUGAGGUGUUGGGAGCUGCAUAGGCUAUUCUGGUUGAGCAGUGGCUACAUAGUGCUGAUAACUGUCUGUCCAUCGCCAUUGUAAUCUACUGGGAAGUCAAAAGGUUCUCAAACUGGAGAUUUAAACAAGGAUGGAUAUGUUAGAUGAAAUGGCUUACUUUUUUAAUCAUAGGCUACCAUCUCAGUUGUCUUGUCACUGAUAAAAUAGUCUCCCGAGUGGCGCAGUGGUCUAAGGCACUGCAUCGCAGUGCUAGCUGUGCCACUAGAGAUCCUGGUUCAAAUCCAGGCUCUGUCGUAGCUGGCCGCGACCGGGAGACCCAUGGGGCGGCGCACAAUUGGCCCAGCGUUGUCCAGGGUAGGGGAGGGAAUGGCCGGCAGGGAUGUAGCUCAGUUGGUAGAGCAUGGCGUUUGCAACGCCAGGGUUGUGGGUUUGAUUCCCACGGGGGGCCAGUAUAAACAAACAAACAAACAAACAAAAUAUUGUAAGUCGCUCUGGAUAAGAGCGUCUGCUAAAUGACUAAAAUGUAAAUGUAAAUGUAAAAAAUGGUCUACUGGCUACUGUUGAUAGUCUAUCAAAAGAAAACUACAAAAAUACUCAUAGGAUUGGUCUUGGCUAGCCUACUGUAGACAUACAGUAUCAAUAUCUCUUUUCAAAAGUCGUAAAGGGGCAACGUCCUAUUUUGAGAUCUAAAAAAUAAAUAAAUAAAUUACAGGCCUACUUUAGAAACAAACAUUUAUGCAAUUAAUGCAAUGCAAUUCUAACAAAUAGAGUAAUGUCUUGUAUUGUAAAAUGAUAUCAUACAGCUUUUUAAUACAUCAUUAAUUAAUAACCAAAUGUAGCCUAUCACUAGCUGAAUAUAGAGAGAGCAUGCGCCCCAAUACACACAAACUGCCAGUGAGAAAAAAAGUUAGCGUUGAACCCUGAGUAAAUCGAUCCAAAUCAAUGUAAGAACAGAAGGGCAUGCUAAUUUAAAAGAUGGCUUGUCAUUAUUAGUCAGGUCAUUAAAAAUGGGUGCGACCAAGUCAUGUGCUGGUGCCAUCAACUGAAAGGUUAGUGGAAAAAGCUAGUCUAGAGCCCUGGAUUGACCUACAAAAAUGAGGCUAAAUGAUUAUUUUUUUGAGUCAGAGAAAUCUCUCCUCUCCUCUGUCUGUCUGUGACCCAGUUCUCAUAGAAGGCCUCCUUUCCGCCAUGAGACGUGUGAAGGAGUGGAUGGGUGUUCAUUGUACAUCAUAUUGUAUCACCAACCUAACCCCUUUCUUUCUGUCUCCAGUCUCUAAGGAAAGUGGGCCAGGAUUCCACUGUGCUGCUCAUCUGUAUAACAGUGUUCCUGUCCUACCUCCCCGAGGCUGGCCAGUACUCCAGCUUCUUUCUCUACUUACGACAGGUCUGUCUACACUGUAUUCUGUCAAAAGAGAUGUGUCCACCUCCUUCCUGUAUUAAAAUAUUACAUUCUACUGCCAUUUACUUUAUGUAUUCUUAUAUUCUAUUAUUUCUUAUUGUUUUUGCAUUGUCGAGAAGGAACCUGCAAGUAAGCAUUUAAUUGGACGGUGUAUACCAUGUGAAUCCUGUACAUAAGACAAACUUCCCUUUGAGUUGUUAUUGCCUUGAUCAAUGCCACUGAGGUCAAGUCUCCUUCAUAGUCAAAGUAUUUGGCAGACUUGUCGAGGGGGUUUGACUAUAGUUAAUUUGAAGUAUACUGCAAAGUAAUUCCACAAAUGGUCCGUUACUCCGUUCAUUGCUGUUCUUUGCUGCUUGCAGCUACACCACCUGUUCGUCGAAUAUCUCGUUCCAAAAUCAUGGGCAUUAAUAUGGAGUUGGUCCCCCCCUUUGCUAACAGCCUGCACUCUUCUGGGAAGGCUUUCCUCUAGAUGUUGGAACAUUGCUGCAGGGACUUGCUUCCAUUUAGCCACAAGAGCAUUAGUGAGGUCGGGCACUGAUGUUGGGCGAUUAGGCCUGGCUCGCAGUUGGCGUUCCAAUUCAUCCCAAAGGUGUUCGAUGGGGUUGAGGUCAGGGCUCUGCAGGCCAGACAAGUUCUUCCACACCGCUCUCGACAAACCAUUUCUGUAUGGACCUCACUUUGUGCCCGGACCAUGAAAAACAGCCCCAGACCUCCUCCAACAAACUUUACAUUUGGCACUAUGCAUUGGGGCAGGUAGCGUUCUCCUGGCAUCCUCCAAACCCAGAUUAUUCCGUUGGGCUGCCAGCUGGUGAAGCUUAAUUCAUCUCUCCAGAGAACGCGUUUCCACUGCUCCAGUGUCCAAUGGCGGCGAGCUUACACCACUCCAGCCGACGCUUGGCAUUGCGCAUGGUGAUCUUAGGCUUGUGUGAGGCUGCUCGGCCAUGGAAACCCAUUUCUUGGAAGCUCCCGAUGAACAGUUAUUGUGCUGACGUUGCUUCCAGAGGCAGUUUGGAACUCGGUAGUGAGUGUUUCAACUAAGGACAGACUAUUUUUACGCGCUUCAGCACUCGCCAGUCCCAUUCUGUGAGCUUGUGUGGCCACCACUUCGCGGCUGAGCCGUUGUUGCUCCUAGACGUUUCCACUUGAAAAUAACAGCACUUACAGUUGACCAGGGCAACUCUAGCAGGGCAGAAAUUUCACGAACUGACUUGUUGGAAAGGUGGCAUCCUAUGACGGUGCCACGUUGAAAGUCACGGAGCUCUUCAGUAUGGGCAAUUCUACUGCCAAUGUUUGUCUAUGGAGAUUGCAUGGCUAUGUGCUCGAUUUUAUACACCUGUCAGCAACAGGUGAAAUAGCCAAAUCCACUAAUUUGAAGGGGUGUCUACAUACCUUUGGCCAUGUAGUGUAUAUUUAGCUAAAUCAUUAUUUGCUUGAUGAUGGGUGUAGUUACUUUGGUCUCACUGGCAGUACAAUCACAUGAAUGUUCUUUAUUUUAUUUUUUUCUCCAGAUUAUGGGAUUUUCACCUGAAAGUGUUGCAGCUUUCAUAGCUGUUCUAGGACUGCUUUCAAUCGUUGCACAGGUUAGUUGUCAUUUAAUGAACAUGUACAGUGCCUUCAGAAAGUAUUCAUACCCCUUGACUUAUUCCACAUUUUGUUGUUAAAGCCUGAAUUCAAAAUUGAUGAAAUUGAUUUGUUUCUCACCCAUCUACACACAAUGCCCCAUAAUGACAGUGAAACAUGUUUUGAUAAUCUUUUUGCAAUUGUAUUAAAAAUUAAAUACAGAAAUAUUAUUUACAUAACCAUUCACACCCCUUUGCUAUGACACUCCAAAUUGAGCUAAGUUGCAUCCAAUUUCCAUUGAUCAUCCUUGGAUGUCACUACAACUUGAUUGGACUCCACCUGUUGUCAAUUCAAUUGUUUGGACAUGAUUUAGAAAGAAACACACCUGUCUAUAUAAGGUCACACAGUUGACAGUGCAUGUCAGAGCAGAAACUAUACCAUGAAGUCUAAGGAACUGUCCGUAGAGCUCUGAGAUAGAAUUGUGAUGAGGCAUAUAUCUGGGGAAGGGUAUAAAACGAUUUCUACAGUGUUGAAAGUUUCCAAGAGCACAGUGGUCUCCAUCAUUGGGAAACAGAAAAAAAUAUGGAGUUUGCAAAAAGGCAUGUGAAAGACACAGAGCAUUAAGGCAAAAUAUUCUGUGUUCUGAUGAGACAGAAAUGUAACUCUGUGGUCUGAUUUGCAAAGCGCUAUGCAAAGCUAAUCACCAUCUAAAACCAUCCCUACCGCAUGGGUGGUGGCAGCAUCAUGCUAUGGGGAUGCUUUUCAGCGGCAGGGACUGUGAGACUGGUAAGGCUCGAGGAAACAAUGAAAAACAGGCAAAUCCUUGAUGAGAACCUGCUUCAGAGUGCAAACGACCUUAGACUGGGGUGAAGAUUUACGUUCCAACAGGACAAUGACCCCAAGUAUACAGCCAAAGCAACGCUGGAGAGAGUUCAGAACAAGAAUGUGAAACUCCUUGAGUGGCCCAGCCAAAGCCCAGACUUGAAUCCCAUUGAAAAUCUGUGGAAAGACUUGAAGAUUGCUGUUCACCGCCGCUCCCCAUCUAACUUAAUGGAGUUUGAGAAAAUACGCAAGGAAGAAUGGGUAAAAAAAUCCCCAAAUCCAGAUUUAUAAAUAUAAGCAAAGGUGAUACAGACAUACCCAAGAUGACUGAAAGUUGCUUCUACAAAGUAUUGACUCUGUAGCUCAGCUGGUAGAGCACGGCGCUUGUAACGCCAAGGUAGUGGGUUCGAUCCCCGGGACCACCCAUACACAAAAAUGUAUGCACGCACGACUGUAAGUCGCUUUGGAUAAAAGCGUCUGCUAAAUGGCAUAUUAUAUUAUUAUUAUUAUUAUUAUUAUUAUUAUAAAUGUAUGUAAAUGAGAUUUCAGUAUUUCAUUUGAAAUUAAUUUGCAAACAUUUCUAAAAACAUGUUUUUACUUAGUCAUCAUGGGGUAUUGUGUGUAAAUGUUUGAGGAAAAAAUCUAUUUAAUCCAUUUUGAAUUCAGUCUGUAACACAACAAAAUGUGGAACAAGUCAAGGGGUAUGAAUACUUUCUGAAGGCACUAUAAUCCCAAUCUCUGCCAUGUUAUGUUAACCUGGUUUGGGCAUUAAUGAGAACAUUCAUUAUAGGCAAUAUUAACAUUCAAAAUAAAUGGUUUCCAAUUAUAUUAUAUUAUUUUUCUUUCUUUCCUUUGUCAGACAGUAGUAUUAAGUUUACUCAUGCGUUCCAUCGGGAACAAGAACACCAUCUUGCUCGGCCUUGGGUUCCAGAUACUACAGCUCGCCUGGUAUGGGUUUGGCUCCGAGCCAUGGUAAGCCUUUUUAAGAUCACUCAAACCAUGACCACAUCUGAUGAUUCAGUUCAAUGAAGAGAUACAGUGGGGAAAAAAAGUAUUUAGUCAGCCACCAAUUGUGCAAGUUCUCCACUUAAAAAGAUGAGAGAGGCCUGUAAUUUUCAUCAUAGGUACACGUCAACUAUGACAGACAAAUUGAGAAAAAAAAUCCAGAAAAUCACAUUGUAGGAUUUUUUAAUGAAUUUAUUUGCAAAUUAUGGUGGAAAAUAAGUAUUUGGUCACCUACAAAUAAGCAAGAUUUCUGGCUCUCACAGACCUGUAACUUAUUCUUUAAGAGGGUCCUCUGUCCUCCACUCGUUACCUGUAUUAAUGGCACCUGUUUGAACUUGUUAUCAGUAUAAAAGACACCUGUCCACAACCUCAAACAGGCACACUCCAAACUCCACUAUGGCCAAGACCAAAGAGCUGUCAAAGGACACCAGAAACAAAAUUGUAGACCUGCACCAGGCUGGGAAGACUGAAUCUGCAAUAGGUAAGCAGCUUGGUUUGAAGAAAUCAACUGUGGGAGCAAUUAUUAGGAAAUGGAAGACAUACAAGACCACUGAUAAUCUCCCUCGAUCUGGGGCUCCACGCAAGAUCUCACCCCGUGGGGUCAAAAUGAUCACAAGAACGGUGAGCAAAAAUCCCAGAACCACACGGGGGGACCUAGUGAAUGACCUGCAGAGAGCUGGGACCAAAGUAACAAAGCCUACCAUCAGUAACACACUACGCCACCAGGGACUCAAAUCCUGCAGUGCCAGACGUGUCCCCCUGCUUAAGCCAGUACAUGUCCAGGCCCGUCUGAAGUUUGCUAGAGUGCAUUUGGAUGAUCCAGAAGAGGAUUGGGAGAAUGUCAUAUGGUCAGAUGAAACCAAAAUAUAACUUUUUGGUAAAAACUCAACUUGUCGUGUUUGGAGGACAAAGAAUGCUGAGUUGCAUCCAAAGAACACCAUACCUACUGUGAAGAAUGGGGGUGGAAACAUCAUGCUUUGGGGCUGUUUUUCUGCAAAGGGACCAGGACGACUGAUCCGUGUAAAGGAAAGAAUGAAUGGGGCCAUGUAUCGUGAGAUUUUGAGUGAAAACCUCCUUCCAUCAGCAAGGGCAUUGAAGAUGAAACGUGGCUGGGUCUUUCAGCAUGACAAUGAUCCCAAACACACCGCCCGGGCAACGAAGGAGUGGCUUCGUAAGAAGCAUUUCAAGGUCCUGGAGUGGCCUAGCCAGUCUCCAGAUCUCAACCCCAUAGAAAAUCUUUGGAGGGAGUUGAAAGUCCGUGUUGCCCAGCGACAGCCCCAAAACAUCACUGCUCUAGAGGAGAUCUGCAUGGAGGAAUGGGCCAAAAUACCAGCAACAGUGUGUGAACCUUGUGAAGACUUACAGAAAACGUUUGACCUGUGUCAUUGCCAACAAAGGGUAUAUAACAAAGUAUUGAGAAACUUUUGUUAUUGACCAAAUACUUAUUUUCCACCAUCAUUUGCAAAUAAAUUCAUUAAAAAUCCUACAAUGUGAUUUUCUGGAUAUUUUUUUUCUCAUUUUGUCUGUCAUAGUUGACGUGUACCUAUGAUGAAAAUUACAGGCCUCUCUUAUCUUUUUAAGUGGAGAACUUGCACAAUUGGUGGCUGACUAAAUAAAUUUUUUCCCCACUGUACACUUUCAAGUUACUUAACCUGUUCUCUCUCAUCUCUCUACAGGAUGAUGUGGGCGGCAGGUGCUCUAGCAGCCAUGUCAAGCAUCACUUUCCCAGCGAUUAGUGCUUUGGUUUCCCGCACGGCAGAACCAGACCAACAAGGUUUGUACUUUGUUAUAGUUUUAUUUUGCAUCUAUGCAUAGUCACUUUACCCCUACCUACGUAUACAUAUUACCUCGACUAACAAGUACCCCAGCACAUUGACUCUGUACCGGUACCCCUUGUACAGUGGGGAAAAAAAGUAUUUAGUCAGCCACCAAUUGUGCAAGUUCUCCCACUUAAAAAGAUGAGAGAGGCCUGUAAUUUUCAUCAUAGGUACACGUCAAACAUGACAGACAAAAUGAGGAAAAAAAUUCCAGAAAAUCACAUUGUAGGAUUUUUUAUGAAUUUAUUUGCAAAUUAUGGUGGAAAAUAAGUAUUUGGUCAAUAACAAAAGUUUCUCAAUACUUUGUUAUAUACCCUUUGUUGGCAAUGACACAGGUCAAACGUUUUCUGUAAGUCUUCACAAGGUUUUCACACACUGUUGCUGGUAUUUUGGCCCAUUCCUCCAUGCAGAUCUCCUCUAGAGCAGUGAUGUUUUGGGGCUGUCGCUGGGCAACACGGACUUUCAACUCCCUCUAAAGAUUUUCUAUGGGGUUGAGAUCUGGAGACUGGCUAGGCCACUCCAGGACCUUGAAAUGCUUCUUACAAAGCCACUCCUUCGUUGCCCGGGCGGUGUGUUUGGGAUCAUUGUCAUGCUGAAAGACCCAGCCACGUUUAAUCUUCAAUGCCCUUGCUGAUGGAAGGAGGUUUUCACUCAAAAUCUCACGAUACAUGGCCCCAUUCAUUCUUUCCUCUACAAGGAUCAGUCGUCCUGGUCCCUUUGCAGAAAAAUAGCCCCAAAGCAUGAUGUUUCCACCCUCAUGCUUCACAGUAGGUAUGGUGUUCUUUGGAUGCAACUCAGCAUUCUUUGUCCUCCAAACACGACGAGUUGAGUUUUUACCAAAAAGUUAUAUUUUGGUUUCAUCUGACCAUAUGACAUUCUCCCAAUCCUCUUCUGGAUCAUCCAAAUGCACUCUAGCAAACUUCAGACGGGCCGGGACAUGCACUGGCUUAAGCAGGGGGACACGUCUCGUACUGCAGGAUUUGAGUCCCUGGCUGCGUAGUGUGUUACUGAUGGUAGGCUUUGUUACUUUGGUCCCAGCUCUCUGCAGGUCAUUCACUAGGUCCCCCCGUGUGGUUCUGGGAUUUUUGCUCACCGUUCUUGUGAUCAUUUUGACCCCACGGGGUGAGAUCUUGCGUGGAGCCCCAGAACGAGGGAGAUUAUCAGUGGUCUUGUAUGUCUUCCAUUUCCUAAUAAUUGCUCCCACAGUUGAUUUCUUCAAACCAAGCUGCUUACCUAUUGCAGAUUCAGUCUUCCCAGCCUGGUGCAGGUCUACAAUUUUGUUUCUGGUGUCCUUUGACAGCUCUUUGGUCUUGGCCAUAGUGGAGUUUGGAGUGUGACUGUUUGAGGUUGUGGACAGGUGUCUUUUAUACUGAUAACAAGUUCAAACAGGUGCCAUUAAUACAGGUAACGAGUGGAGGACAGAGGAACCUCUUAAAGAAGAAGUUACAGGUCUGUGAGAGCCAGAAAUCUUGCUUGUUUGUAGGUGACCAAAUACUUAUUUUCCACCAUAAUUUGCAAAUAAAUUCAAAAAAAAUCCUACAAUGUGAUAUUCUGGAUUUUUCUUUCUCAUUUUGCCUGUCAUAGUUGACGUGUACCUAUGAUGAAAAUUACAGGCCUCUCUCAUCUUUUUAAGUGGGAGAACUUGCACAAUUGGUGGCUGACUAAAUACUUUUUUCCCCCACUGUAUAUAGCCUCUUUAUACUGUAGUUAUUUUGUAUUACUAUUUUUCAUUUAGUUUAUUUAGCAAAUGUUUUCUUUCCUACUUUUAAAAAACUCUGCAUUGUUGGUUAAGGGCUCGUAAGUAAGCAUUUCACGGUAAGAUCUACACCUGUAGUAUUCAACGCAUGUGACAAAUACAUUUUUAUUUGAUUUUGCACAUUCUUUGAUUCGUCUAUUGGCCUGGUCGUAAUUGCAAAUGAGAAAUUGUUCUCAGUUGAAGGGGAAGCCCAGCGAAAUGACGUUUAUAUUUUGGUUUCCUUCAAGGAAAGGAGAUACAUAUGUAAUUUUGCUGAACUUGCCAGGUGAAGUGAAGGUUGAAUGCAAUCCAAUUUAAAUAAAAUACUUGUUGGCUGUCAUCUCACAGGGGUGGGCCAGGGGAUGGUGACGGGGAUCCGGGGGCUGUGUAAUGGCCUGGGCCCGGCGCUCUACGGCUUCAUCUUCUACAUCUUCCACGUGGAGCUGGAUGCACCCCCAGACGGCAACGGGGACACUCUGGUCCAUACUCAAGCCCACCUUCAGCUCCUCCCACAGGUUAGCCCCCAGCUCCCCAACCUUUUCAGCUCUUCCCACAGGUUAGCCCCCAGCUCCCCAACCUUUUCAGCUCUUCCCACAGGUUAGCCCCCAGCUCCCCAACCUUUUCAGCUCUUCCCACAGGUUAGCCCCCAGCUCCCCAACCCCAACCUUUUCAGCUCCUCCCACAGGUUAGCCCCCAGCUCCCCAACCCCAACCUUUCAGCUCUUCCCACAGGUUAGCCCCCAGCUCCCCAACCCCAAACCUUUUCAGCUCUUCCCACAGGUUAGCCCCCAGCUCCCCAACCCAAACCUUUUCAGCUCUUCCCACAGGUUAGCCCCCAGCUCCCCAACCCAAACCUUUUCAGCUCUUCCCACAGGUUAGCCCCCAGCUCCCCAACCUUUUCAGCUCAUCCCACAGGAUAGCCCCCAGCUCUUCCCACAGGUUAGUCCCCAGCUCCCCAACCCCAACCUUUUCAGCUCUUCCCACAGGUUAGUCCCCAGCCCCCCAAACCCUUUUUCACCCAAACCCACGGGUUUUACCCCCCAGCUCCCCAAACCCCAAAACCUUUUCAGCUUUUCCCCAAAAGGUUAGCCCCCAGCCUCCCCCCCCCCAACCUUUUAAGCUUUUCCCCAAAGGUUACCCCCCAGCUCCCAACUUUUUAGUUUUCCCCCACGGGGUUAGCCCCCAGCCCCCCAACCCUUUUUCCCGCUCUUCCCACAGGUUAGCCCCCAGCUCCCCAAACCCUUUUAAAGCAAAUUUCCCACAGGUUACCCAGCUCUUCCCACAGGUUAGUCCCCAGCCCCCCCCAACCCCCAAACCCUUUUAAGUUUCUUCCCACGGGUUACCCCCCAAGCCCCCCAACUUUUUCACCCCUUCCCCAAAAGGUUAGCCCCAGCCCCCCCAACCCUUUUUCCCAGUCAUCCCCCGGGGUUACCCCCCCAGUGAAAAACCCCCCCAAAACCUUUUCAGCCCCUCCCCCAGGUUAGCCCCGGGGCCCAAACCCCCCCAAACCCCAAACCCUUUUUUUUUAAACCCUUUUCCCCCAAGGUUAGCUCCCAGGGCCCCCAAAAACCCCAAACCAAAUUUUAAAGUUUUUCCCACAUUUUAGCCCCCACCCUCCCCAAUUUUUUCGGGCCCUUUUUCCCACGGGUUUGCCCCCAGCCCCCCAAACCCUUUUCAGCCAUCCCCCGGUUUACCCCCAGUGCCACCCCCCCAAACCCUUUUUUUUAAAAAGCCCCCCCCCGGGGUUAGCCCCCAGGGCCACCCCCCAAACCAAAACCUUUUUAAAAUUUUUUCCCCCCAGGUUAGCCCCCGGGGCCCACACCCCCAAAACCAAAUUUUUUAAGUUUUUCCCCCCGGGGUUAGCCCCGGGGCCCCACACCCCCAACCUUUUCGGGGCUCCCCCCCAGGGUUAGCCCCCCAGGCCACCCCCCCAACCUUUUAAGCUCCUCCCCCCGGGGUUUAGCCCCCGCAUCCCCCCCCAAAACCCUUUUUCAGUUUUUUCCCAAAAGGGGUAGCCCACAGCCCCCCAAACCCCAAAAUUUUUCACCCUUUCCCCAAAAGGUUACCCCACAGCCCCCCCAACCAAAACUUUUUCAGCUUUUCCCAAAUUAGCCCCCACCCCCAAAACCCAAACCUUUUUUAGCUCUUACAAAAAAACCAAGGGGUUAGCCCCCAGCCCCCCAAACCCCCCCAACAUAUUCGUUUCCCUCCCACGGGGUUAGCCCCCAGCCCCAAAAAACCGUUUAAGCUUUUUCCCAUGGGGUAGCACCCGCUCCCCCAACCUUUUAACCCUAUUCCCACAGGUUACCCCCCCCAGUUCCCCAACCCCAACCUUUUCACUCCCCCCACAGGAAACCCCCCAAAGCCCCCCAACCCCAAACCCUUUCAGCUCUUCCCACAGGUUACCCCCAGCCCCAAAAAAACCCCAAACCCUUUUUCAGCUCUUCCACAGGUUGGGCCCCCGGGUCCCCAAAACCCCCAACCUUUUAAGCUUUUUUCCCACGGGUUUACCCCCCAGCCCCCCAACCCAAACCUUUUAGCUCUUCCCACGGGGUUAGCCCCCAGCUCCCCCCCCCAACCUUUUCAGCUUUUCCCAAAGGGGUUAAACCCCCCACUCCCCAAACCCCAAAACCUUUUCAGCUUUCCCACAGGUUAGCCCCCGGCCCCCCAACCUUUUAAAGCCAUCCCCCCGGGUUUUAGCCCCCGCUUUUCCCAAAAGGGUUUACCCCCCGCCCCCCCAACCCCAAUUUUUUCAGCCUUCCCACGGGUUGGCCCCCUUCCCCCCAAAACCCCCAAACCUUUUAAGUUUUCCCCAAAAGGUUGGGCCCCCCAGCUCCCAACCUUUUCAGUUCACCCCAAAAGGUUACCCCCCCAGCCCCCAAACCCCCAAACCCUUUUUCAGCUCAUCCCACAGGUUCCCCCCCAGCUCCCCACCCCAACCUUUUCAGCUUUCCCCCCGGGGUUAGCCCCCAGCCCCCCAAAACCCCCAACCCAAUUUUCAGCCCCUCCCACGGGGUUAGCCCCCAGCCCCCCAACCCUUUAAGCUCUUCCCACGGGUUUAGCCCCCAGCCCCCCAAACCCUUUUUCCCGCUCUUCCCACAGGUUACCCCCCAAAGCUUUCCCAAACCUUUUCACUUUUCCCCACAGGUUACCCCCCCCGUCCCCAACCCCCCCUUUUUUCAGUCCCCCACGGGUUUAGGCCCCCCAGCCCCCCAAACCUUUUAAAGCUUUUUCCCAAAGGUUAGCCCCAAAGCCCCCAAAACCUUUCACCCUCUUCCCCAGGUUUGGGCCCCCCAGCCCCCCCAAACCUUUUCAGCCUCUUCCCACGGGUUUAGCCACCAGCCCCCCAACCCCCAACCCUUUUUAAGCUUUCCCACGGUUAGCCCCAGCCCCCCAAUUUUUUUGGGUUUUCCCACAGGUUAAGUCCCCAGCCCCAAAAACCCCCCAACCUUUAAGGGCUUUCCCAAAGGUUUAAAGCCCCCAGCCCCCCAAAAUUUUUUAAGCUUUCCCCACAGGUUUGGCCCCAGCCCCCCCAAAUUUCAGCUCCCCCCCCAAGGUUAGCCCCCAGUGCCAAAAACCCCCAAACCCUUUUUAAGCUCCCCCCGGGUUUACCCCCCCAGCCCCCAAAACCCCAAACCCUUUUCAGUUUCCCCCAAGGUUGGGCCCCCAGCCCCCCAACCCUUUUUCCCAGUUUCCCACAGGAGCCCCCAGCCCCCCAACCCUUUUUCAGCUUUCCCACGGGUUUGGGCCCCCCAGCCCCCAAACCCUUUUUAGCUUUCCCCACAGGUUAGCCCCCAAACCCCCCCCAAACCCCCAAAACCUUUUUAAGCUCUUCCCACAGGUUACCCCCCAAGCUCCCCAAAUUUUCAGCUCUUCCCACAGGUUGUCCCCACCCCCCCCAAAACCCCAACCUUUUAAGCUUUCCCCACAGGUUAGCCCCCCAGCCCCCAAAAUUUUUCAGCUUUUCCCACAGGUUACCCCCCAGCCCCCCAAACCCUUUUUCCGCUCCCCCCCCCGGAAGCCCCCAGUGCCCCCCCCCAAACCUUUUCGGGAUCCUCCCCCGGGUUUACCCCCGGGGCCCCACACCCCCCCAACCCCAAACCCUUUUAAGUUUUUCCCCCGGGUUUUUACCCUCCGGGGCCCACCCCCCCAAUUUUUCAGCCCCUUUCCCCGGGGUUGCACCGGGCCCCAAACCCCCCAAAAACCUUUUUUUCUCCUCCCACAGGUUACCCCCCGCUCCCCAACCUUUUAAAGCUUUCCCAAGGUUGCCCCCCAGCUCCCCAACCCAAAAUUUUCAGCUCUUCCCACAGGUACCCCCCCCCAGCUCCCCCCCCCCAAACCCUUUUUUUAAAGUUUCCCCCCCAAAGGGUUUACCCCCCAAGCCCCCCCCAAACCCUUUUUAGGCUUUUUCCCACGGGUUCCCCCCCCAGCCCCCCAAACCCCCAAUUUUUCCCCCCUUUCCCACAGGUUAGCCCCCAGCCCCCAAACCCCAAACCCUUUUUCAGCUUUCCCCCAAAGGUUAGCCCCCAGCCCCCCAACCCCAAACCUUUUCGGGUUUCCCACAGGUUUUUCCCCCAGCCCCCAACACCAACCUUUAAGCUCUUCCCACGGGGUUUUUCCCCCAAGCCCCCAACCCCAAAAACCUUUUCGCUCUUCCCACAGGUUACCCCCAAAGCUAAAAACCCAAAACCCCUUUUCACCCCCCCCUUCCCACGGGUUUACCCCCCCAGCCCCCAACCCAAAACCCUUUUUAAGCUUUUUUACCACAGGUUAGCCACCGGGCUCCCCAAUUUUCAGUUUUCCCACGGGUUUAAAGCCCCCAGCCCCCAAAAAUUUCAAGGUUUCCUCCCCCAGGGUUACCCCCCCGGGAAACCACCCCCCCAAAACCUUUCGGGCCGUUCCCCCAAAGGUUAGCCCCCAGCCCCAAACCCCCCCAAACCCUUUUCCCGCGCCCCCCCAAAGGUUAGCCCCGGGGCCACCCCCCCAAAAUUUUCAGCUCCCCCCCCCGGGGUAGCCCCCAGGGCCAAAACCCCCAAACCUUUUUUUCAGCUCCCCCCCCCAGGUAAACCCCCCAGGGCCACCCCCCCAACCCCAACCCUUUUUAAAGUUUUUCCCCCGGGUUUAGCCCCCAGGGCCACCCCCCCCAAACCCCCCCCUUUUUAAGCUUUUCCCCGGGUUUAGCCCCAGGGCCAAACCCCCACCCAAACCCUUUUUCAGCUCCCCCCCAAGGUUAACCCCCACCCGCCCAAAAACCCCAACCUUUCUGCUCCUCCCCCAGGUUAGCCCCCAGCGCCACACCCCCAACCCCAACCUUUCUGCUCCCCCCCAGGUUGGGCCCCCAGGGGCCACCCCCCCAACCCCCAACCUUUCUGUCCUCCCCCCUUUUUGGGUUUAGUCUUUGCCCAAACCCCCGAGGGGCUUUAAAUUUUAGGCCCAAUAAAACCUCAAAAUUAAAAAACCCGGGAAAACCCCAGCAGAAAUAGUUAAAUUUAGUUAGGUUUUAGAUUUUGAAGGUUUUUUUUCACACCCAGGGGGGCCCUCCUAAAAAAUAUCAGCCCUUUUAAAAAGGGGUUUCUUUUCCCGUCUUAAGUUACUAUGUAUUUAGAAACUAUGCACCCCCUUUAGCCCCCCAAAAAACCCUCUUUUAAAUUUUUAAUAGUUAUAAAGUUUUAAAAGGAGGUUAUGAAUCCGCUUGUACAAGGGUAACCCUCAUUUUUUAAAAAUUUUCCCAAUUUUUUUAAAUUUGGGUAGGGAAAAAAAAUAUUUGUAACUUUUAUUUCCUCCUCCUUUCCCCCGAGUUCAAAAUCCUUCCUGGCCCCCCCUUUCCCUCGGACCCAGGCCCCGGCUACUAGCCCCCUUUUGGUGGCACUCUUCAUCCCAGAGAAAACCCCCCCGGGGCCCCCCGGGCCCCGGGCAGCGGAAGAAGCACAGCUCCCCCCACGGACCCCCCAAAAAGCCCGGGGCCCGCCUGGGGGGGCCCAAAGGCCCCUGGGGGCGGGAUCAAACGGCCCACGGGCCCAAUUUGGGCCCGGACGCCCCCAUCUUCAAAAAGGACAGAGGGGGCUCCUUAAUAUAG